UGUAGCUAUCUUCACAAAUCCUAAAAAUGUUGUCCAAAAAACUUUGCUCCUGCGUAGAGAAUAAGCACAACCACUAUUUUAAGAGAAGACGAAAAUUUAAUUUAAAAUGACAACGACACGUCAUUAUAGGUUAUGGUUAUGUGUAUUUUGUAGAAAAUAAAGAUAUAAAGAUGGGAGAUUAUAUUAAUUCAAACCAACAGGACUAUUAUUGGUCCCAACAGAAUCCCCCAAACAACCAAGGGUAUUAUGAACAGGACUACACCCAGUUCCAAAAUCAAACUUUAGAAUUCAACACAAAUAUUGAAUACAAUGAUCAGGCAUUUUCCAAUACACCUCAAAUGCUUAUUCCUGAGCAAUAUGACAAUAUAGGAAAAGGUGAAGAUGAAUUUGAUGAGCCACCCUUACUAGAAGAGUUAGAAAUCUAUCCGGAUCGUAUAUUAGAAAAAAUAUUGGCGGUUUUGAACCCUCUACGAGGCCACAGCCUAGCCGAUGAUGCUGAAUACCUUACAAAAGACUCUGAUGUAGUUGGACCCAUAUUAUUUUGUCUUCUAUUAGCUGCCAAUUUAUUCUUAGCUGGAAAGAGUGGUUACAUAUAUGGUAUCUCAAUGAUAUCGUGCAUACUAAUGUAUGCUCUGUUGUCGUUGAUGUCACCAGACAACGGAACAUUUAGCCUUUCUAUCGUAGGAAGCAUUUUAGGAUACUGUCUCAUUCCAAUAGUUGCAUUAUCGAGCUUAGGAAUAUUUUUUAGGCUCAAUGGUCCUACUGGAUUAUUCCUGGCUAUUCUGACUAUUGCUUGGUCAAGUUUAUCUGCAUCUAGAUUAUUUAUUGCUGUUUCUGGAGAUAAGGAGCAGCAACCUCUCAUUGCUUACCCCUGCAUGCUGGUAUAUGGAGUCAUUACUUUGUUAGUACUAUUUUAAAUUAUUUCUUCUUGUUUCAGAGUAUUUAUGUAUAUUUUCUAGAAUUUUUUAACAAUGUAAUAAAAAAUUUAUAAUACUGAAAA